AUGGAACGCCAGCAGGAUACCGGGUUUUCUGGUUUUUUGUCUCCGAAACAGUCUUACUCUUCGUCGCCUUCGACUACAGGACAAGGAGUUACAACGGAACGUGUCCAUUCAGAUUGUCCCCCGCCGCCGCCAGCAACGUCCCAAAGAAGUAGUCCAGUUGCCUCGACUGCGCCUACACCAUCGCCAUUAGUGCAGUCUCAAAAACAGCCUUCUUUUGCGCCGUCGUCUUCAGCAGUGACGAAAGAUUGCUCUGGUGUACCUCAGCCAAAUAUGUACGGGCGAUCUCUGGGAGAUUCAUUUCGCCAGGAGAGUCCUCCUCGGCAGGAGCAAACUCCGCAGCCACAACUAGGACAGCUCCCGAGGGCGGCAAGCCCACUGACUACUCCGUCAGGUCCUCAUUCGUCGACAGCGCAUCAUCAACCAAAUCACUAUGUGGGGGGCUCUUGCUUACCAGGAAUCGAUUGCCAAGAAGCUGAUACAGAACCUUACGGUGAAGGACACGCGGAACGGUUGUGGAACUUCAGCGGUAGAGGUUCUCUUUCGUUUGACGAUCUAAUCGCGCAGGUCCAGAAGUUACUCCACUCGAACUCGACGUCAUCGUCUGCCUCUUCUGCUUCGACACCUCGUCGUCCUAGUGGCCGCCUCGGUGAGAUAGUAGAUGUGCCCGGAGAGAGUAAGACAAAAGACAAUAGAAGUACAUGGGCGAGACGACCAAUAUUAGGUAGACCACCUGAACAACAGCAACAACAUGGAACCGAAGAAGGUAGAGAAAUCAUGCAGCGAGGUGAAGAAGAGUACUCCGGAGGUUGCAUCGGACGGCUGGACCUUCAUGUGUUACAAGAAGCAGCAGCGUCUCAGCGCAUACAGGCGUACGGGCCUGGGGGAGACUUCUCCAGCCUGUGUGAACCCUUCAAUGAAGGUGUAACCCAACAUACAACAUCAUAUAUCGACCCACAGGCGUUCGCAGUUCUUCAAGAGCUGCAUCGAACCGCCGUACAGCAGAGGGUGUCAGAAGCAAAAAUCGCGGUUUUGCGCCAGGAAAACGCCGAUCUGAGAAACCGAAUCACGCUUUUAGAGGAAACCCAAACCUUCUUGCAACAGCAGAAUCAGAGUCUCCGGGCGGCGCAACACUCUGCCGAAGCCGCUGGGUCCAGCUUGGGUGAGAGUCGGCCAGCAACAAAUAAGUCAGCAACCAGCAGACUACUCACUCCAUCUGGAUACCAAGGACCGGAUCAAAUUCAGAGUGCUCCGAAUCCAUCCACACCCAUUAUUAAAGGGUCGGACAAGAUCUCAGUCGAGCAAUUUUUGUUGAGCUUUCAUUUUACACUGACCCAAGACUACCCCCAUGCUAUUCUCAAGUUCUGCGCCGACCACAACCUGGUAGUGAAGCUUCUGGGUUACCAUGGAAAACGGGUCGAGCUACUUGAGCGUCAGUACUGCUGCCGCAUUCAGACAUCAGCCCAAGCAUCUUCGUUUCCAGGUUAUCCGAAUGGACGAUGCGUCCUCUUCACCGGCCCGCUGGUUUCAUUACUCCGAGCGUGUGCCGACUUGUACGCUGUGGUAGACACAUCUAGUCCAGGACUCCGAACAAAUAUUGAAGGAUACCGAGUAUGCUUAGUAGUCCCAGGAGACUUUGUUGGACGUCUUCUACGAAGCAACUGUGCGGGACUGCACGCUCUUCAAGAAGCUGGAGGAAAGGCUGUUCACAUUGCGCUUGGAAAUUUAUGUGUGUUAAUGCGGGCCAAUUAUUCCGAGAGGGUCCUUCUAAUUGAUGGGAAUAUUGAGGGCGUUUGUCAAUUCUUGAAUCUGCUGCGGCACAGUUGCAGGGCUUCUGCCGAAGGUUUUCAGGCGGUCAAGGAGGGGUCGGAGGAGGGGGGUCCGAAAACUUGGCGAGUCGGUGGUGCCGGCACAUGGUGCACCAUUUCUGUUGGUGCCACGAGCACGGUGCGGUUUGGAGUCUCGCUGCUCCAGUAUCUCCAUGUACACUAUUCGGAGUGA